AAGAGCGAUUAAAGCAGGCAGAGAUGAUGGUAGUACAGAUGUGUGCUUCCUGUCCUCGUGAUAGAGGAUUCUUAAUUCUGAAUUCCACAUACAAGUUCAACAGUUAUGGUUUUGAAAAUAAAAAUAAAAAAGAUAUUAAUAAUUAAUAGAUAUUAAUAGAAAUGUACCUUACUGCACUGAUGCAUAGCAACGUUACAAGAAUGCAUAUUAGGUUUUCAGUGAAAGAUAGAAGUCAGUGCCGCUCGCUGUGGUCAGUCCAGAAGCACCGUAUACAAGCUCAACAGUCACAGAACAAACCAUGCUCCGUACGAUGGCUGUCAGUUUUCACAGAAGACACACCAAACCCCAGAAGUAUAAAGUUCCUACCUGGGAAGCCUGUGCUGGGAACGGGAAGUCUAGACUUCCCAACUUCAGGUUCUGCAGAGUGUUCUUCUUUAGCCAGGAAUCUUUUUCAGGUUGAAGGGGUGAAAAGUGUGUUUUUUGGCCCUGAUUUCAUCACAAUUACAAAGAUGGAUGAUGUUGAGUGGGCAGCAGUUAAACGGCAUGCGAUUGAGAUCAUCUCAAAGUUCUUUGAAAGUGGAGAACCUGUAACAACAGGAGUAACACAUCCAGAGAGCAAUGUGUCAGAGGAGGAUGAUGAGAUCGUCGCAAUGAUUAAAGAGCUUUUAGACACUCGAAUCAGGCCUACCGUACAGGAGGAUGGUGGUGACGUUAUCUUUAAGGGCUUUGAGGAUGGCACAGUGAAGCUGAAGCUUGUUGGCUCUUGCACAGGCUGUCCCAGUUCUACAGUUACUCUGAAAAGCGGCAUUCAGAACAUGCUGCAGUUCUACAUCCCAGAGGUGGACGAUGUUGAACAGGUGGUGGAUGAAGUGGAUGAAAUCAACAUGAAGGAGUUUUUAGAACUGGAGAAAAAAUUAAAAGAUUCGUAGUCCCAGCUUGUUUUGACGACCUGCAGAGAGAAAGACCAAGAACAUCGACCAGUGGCCAUUAUACCCAGUUGUAAUAGUAUACUGAUCUCUAAGUAAUUAUUCAUCUUACUUUAUCCUGGUCAGGGUAAUGGUGGAUUUGGAGACAACCCUAGGAACACCAGGCAUGAGGUGGGGAUACAUCCUCGAUGGGAUGCCAGUUCGUUGCAGAGCACCGUGUGCACACACACACACAUUUGCAUGUUCACACACUUAUUCACAUUUUUGGUUAUACAAUAAUUAACAGUACACAAAAACUUCAUAAUAAAGGUUAUAAAUUAUGCAUUGUAGAACAUAAGUCAAAGGUUCUUUAGUUUUUGUUUGUUUUUUUUGUUUUGUUUUUUAAACAAAGCUAUACUACAAGUUCUCAUUUACUUUAAUUCAGCAUACCCAUGGUUUAACCCUACAUUGUAUAUAAUUUAAGAUGGCCUUUAAAGACAGGACUGAAUACCUUUUGUGCUGAGUAGAGCUAUUUAAUAAUGUAAUAACGUAAAUGCCUGAAUUAUCCACUAAACAUAACAAAGCAAAUAUAAUUUUGGUGUAGCUUGAAGUGUGUUGCAUUCUAUUCACAAUUGUCAAACCACAAAAACCUGUCUGUGGUUCUGCUUUUAGUGCUUUAGUGCAGUAUUGUAAAUAUCACUUUGAAACUGUAAAGUGUUGACCCUGAAUCCAGGUGACUGUCAGUGGAGUUUUGUAUGUUCUCCCCAUGUUCAUAUGGGCCAAGAACGGUGCCUUGCGAUCCAGGAUGUAUUAAUACCUCAUAUUUAGUGUUCUGGCUUUGGAUUUGCUAUGACCCUGACCAGAAUAAAGAUGUUAUUGAAAAUAAAUGAGCGAAUCAGUGUGUAUUUUGCAAAGUGGUAGGAUUUAUGAUACAUAAUAUGAUUCAUAAUACACAUUAUUAACAGUAGUGUAAGUAAGUUUAAGUGCUGGCUAUUCUUCAGGUUAUAUGAAAUACACUCAAAAAUUAAACGUUAAGGGGGAUGGUUAAAGUUUAUUGUUACUGUUACUGUUACUUUGCAAGUUUGUUGCACUUUAUACAAGUGAAGGAUUAAACCCAAACUAUUGCAGGUAUUAGCCUGAUAAAUGGGUGUCUGUCUCAAUCUUUUGGAAACUGGCUAUUCAGCAUGGAGUCACUGGAGUUAGUCUUUUCUUCAAAUAUCUGUGACUGCAUAAAUAAUUAUUCUGACCUGAGAGUAUUAAAAUAUCAAAAUAAAUAAAAGUCUAAGUUUAAGACAUACCAUAAUUCUUAUGUUGGUAAAGGGACAUUAACUGAUUUGAAAAAGUACAUUUUUCUGUGAAACCUGGUUUUAAUUUCAUGAGUGUUAAAGAAAAUAAUUUAGGGGAAAAUGCACAUUUUGAAAUGCACUAUAAUUAGUUACUGUUUUAGAAGAGCAUGAAUGUGUACACUGGUCAAACAAUACAGUAAAUAAUAACCAACAUGUAGAGAUGAUUAAAUCAAAUUCUGUGAAAUGUGCAGUGCACCCAGAGAAAAUGGUUCCUCAAGAGUUAUUGUGGGAUUCUAAGCAUAUAAGUGACAAAAAGGUUUAACGUAGGGCCCUUUUUUUUCCUUUUUUUUUUUUUUUUGCUUUGUUUAAAUGUGCAUUAGACAUUUAUAACAUGUUACAAUCCAGCCAGCCAUCCAUUUUCUGUCCAGUUUAUCCUAUACAGGGUCUCAGGGGAGCCUGGAGCCUAUCCCAUGGAACUCAGGGUACAAGGCUGCUGACACCUUGGACGGGGUGCCAAUCCAUCACAGGGCACAAUCAUGCCCUCACACACUCAUUCACACACUAUGGACAAAUUGGAAAUGCCAGCCAGUCUACAGCGAAUGUCUUUGGACUGGGUGGAGGAAACCCCUGAGGCAUAGAGAGAACACGCAAGCACACAGGGCGGAGGUGGGAUUCAAACCCCCAACCCUGGAGGUGAGGCAAACGUGCUAACCACAUGGCACCAUGCCCCCUUGUUGCGAUCAAUGACUGUAAAUAUAAGUCCUUGGCACUGGAAU